AUAUACCUAUUAAAUGAAAGUAUAAAAAAUUUUAAGCUGUAAUAGUUUCGUUCCUCCUUCAUUGCAAUUUGAUCAAAUUAUAUUUUGGUGAUAAGUAUUAAGUAAGAAACAAAAUUUUCCAUAUAAUACGGAACAAAUUUUAUUCAAAGGAAGUGUUCAUAUGAAAUCGGACAAAAAUCACAAAUCAGAGAGAGAUUAAUUUUAAUUCGGGUUCUUCCUUUGCCGAGAUUAAAUUUACUAUAUAUUUUGGAGUGAUCUAAAUCAACUGAUACAUGUCAAAAUCAUUCUGUGAAUGCAAUAAGAAGGGAAAUUAUCAUGGUGAAGUGCAAUAUUGAUAUUGAUACUUGUUGUUCAGAGUCCGAUAUCGAGGAAGUCGUUAUUACUUUUCGACCUACUCCACGUAAAACUGGAUUAAUAAACUCUAAAGAAUUCUAUGAGAAACACCGUUUCAUACAAGAACAUAUCGCAAAUGUUGAUUUGUCUAAAAAACAAAUACCAGGUCGGCACAGAUAUUGGCCAAGUAAGGAUCCUAACAACGUUGGAAUUAAAAAUCAAACUUCACAAAUCAAAAUUUCAGAGACAACUAAGAAAGCUAAUGGUUUUCCCACAACAGUCAUAUCAUUCGAUAGCGAUGAAUUUGUAGAUGCAGAACCCAAUACCUUGAAAAAAGAUAAAACUAUUGCAAAAGUCAAGACGGAACCAAAGUUUAGACAAUUCUCAACUGAUUCAUUUGAGUUACUAACUAAGAAGUACAAAAUAUCCAUAAAGCACUGCAAGGAUAAGCGGGAUCGUAAAAAGCAACGUUUCCAUUGUAAAGCGCCAAUUAAAAAGCAGGGAACCUUCGCCGCAAAAUCACCGAAAGUAAGAAAAAAUGGAAACAUUAAUAUAUUGCACACACCAAGAGAUGACCCAUUUCUUCAAGCUAACACAAACUUAACUUCUAUUAAUCCCAAAGAGAAAACGUUGCAAGGAUAUCAGCUUCCAGACUAUUUACCCGCUUAUUUUAAAAUACCAAAAGAGGAAAAGACAGAAAAUAUAUCCAAUAAAUGUUAUACAAAAAAAAUAAUAAAAAAAGAGGAAAAGUCCCUGCAUGCAUUUGCAACUAAACAAACACAGACUCUAUUUAAAUCUGGAAUCGAAAGGAGAAAACAUAAGGGUUCAGCUCAUGUACAUGCUGGAAAGGAAUACACUUCAAUAAAGAACGCAGUCAAAGAAAAAGAACAGUCAAAUAAAUGUAAAAUCCAUAAAAAAAAUCGAGAACCUCGAGAUGAAGUACAAAUAAAGAAAAAAGAGGAUUCAAUCAAAUGCGAAAAAGAUGAGACAAAAUCUAAACAUCCAGAAGAGCAGGAAAUUAAAAAAGAAAUAUUUUCUAUUAAAACCAGUUUUGGAGAAAAAAAACGGGACCAUUCAACUGAUAAAGAAAGUAAAAUAGAGCAAAAACCUUUUGAAUGUGAAAUCGGUGAGGAAAAACCAGAUCUUCCAUACGAUGAUGAAGUUGAGAAAGAAAAAAUUUCAAACAAAAGUGAAAUGGACGUGGUAACUAAAAAGCUUUCACGUAAUGCGCAAGUAAAGAAAAAGCAAAUUCCCAACGAAUGUAAAAUCGAGGAAAAUAAACGGAAUCGUCCUGAUGGUUCACAAAUUAAUAUUGAUCAAACCUUGAUCACAGAAUCCAAUGGUGAAAGCCAAAGCCCUUCUGUUGAGAAAUCUGAGCUUAAUAAACUGAUAGUUAGUGAAAAUGACAAUAAGAUAGAUGUUUAUGAAGCAAAUUCAACUUAUACUCAUCUAACUCAACAAAUGGAAGCAGUUGUGGAGCGAGUUGAAAUACUUUCAUCUGAAGUAAAAACCACAAAUGUGAAAUUAAGUGCCAUUUUAACAGAAUUGCAAGAUCAUCAUGGCAUUGUAUCGAGUGUCGCAGAAAUUUCCAUCGAUCAUCCUAUGGAAUCUGAAUUGGAGAUGUCUAGUAUUUCUUCUACUCUUUUUGAAGAUGUUUGGCAAAAAGUUUUUACACGGGAUGUUGCUGCAGAUGUAGACAAUAAGGAGACCAUUAGCAAACAUGCAAGCCUCGAAAAAGUGAUUAACUUUGUUUUAACUGAAACCCCAACAGCUGCAAACCUUGAUGACAAGCUCGUGGAGAAAAAUCUAAGCAGAGAGAAAACAAUCAAUUUUGCAACUAUUAAGGAGUUAACAAAUAGUGAACAACCAAUCUCUACCACAAACAAUUUGUUCACUAGCAAAGAUUCUGAGAAAGGUUGUGAAUAUAAUAGAUUGACUGAAGCUACAAUUAAGUUGACUGCCAUUCAAACAUCUGGUGUUAUGGAACCAGACGCAGCGGAACCAGAACUAUCACACAACAUAAACAAAUUGUCGUUAAGCAAAAAAUCUGUGAACGAAAAAAAAAUGCAGUUGGAUGAGAAAUUAAUAUCUUCUGAUAGUGAUUCAAAUGCUAUAGAAAUAAUAAAAGCUCCACCUCUUUCAACUCAUCCUCAGAAUAUGUCGACGAAAAAGAAAAGUAAUAUUAAUCAGAUUUCAGAGAUAAAGAAUACCUCUCCAAGUUCAUCUAGCAUGCAUGAAUCGAGUCAUGUUGAAUCAGAUAUGUUAGAUCCACCAAAAUUCGUUCAUCUUAAAAAACUCGGUUCAAACGGCGAAAACAGAAGAGCAUUUAUUUUUACUGUGGAAGAUUUGAACACUAAUAGAUACGUAAACAAACCUUUUCUCGAACUUGAAAAGUUAACUACAGAUACAGAAUCUUAUGAAAAGAAAUAUUUAGAUAAACCAAAAAAACUGCCUGUCAUUCGAAAACUAAAUACAUCACAAAUAAUCAAACCAUCCGUUUCGCCCCACCCCACUAAAGUCUAUACAGAGCAACGUAAAGCUAAAGCGGAAAAUAUAAGAACGAAUAAUAAAUCACAUCAAGGAGCUGCAGAAAAAGAACGUACUCGUUCUUCGAUAUCCAAAUUAGAACAUUUAAUCACAUCAAUGGUGUUUACAGUACGAGAUUAUGUAAAAUUUCUACACGGUACCGCUAGAAAGCCAAAACAAGAUAAACCAACACCUCAAACUACUUCAUCUACAAGUGACUACGUUAUUAAUAGUAAGAAAAGAGCCAACAGUCGAGUUCCGCAUAAUUCACUAGCGUCCAGUCUUUCUGGCUCCAACAAAAACAAAAAAAUGAAACAGCAUAAAAGCUCUGAAUCAGUAAAUCUAUCAAUAUCCAGUGAUGAUUCUCUAUCUGACAAAAAGAAAGAAAAUAAGAAACACCGAGUUUUCCGAAGCUCCUCAGAAAUAAGUCAGAUCGCUAAGAAAGAGAAAAAGCAUGAUGACCAAAUUUCUUCAUUUACAUUUAGUUCGACAACAUCGAGCCAUGUUAAUGAUAAUAUCCACAAUGUUUCAACAUCCAAUGCCAUUACACAAACCUCAGUUCCUAAAAUUGUUCCUGAAGUGAACAAUUCAGUUUUACCUACAAACGAAAAAACCACUAAUCCUUGUCAAAAGAAAAAAGUGAAUUUCGUGAAGGAAGACACAGUUACACCGGUGCCGUGUACUUGCAUUAUACAAGAACGUUUGGUGUACCCUGCAUCGUCUAGUGGUUCAGAGGUUGAAAUACCAACAUAUAAAAGCAAUAAAGAAGCUGAAAACUUAAAGAAAUAUUUUGAUCACGCAGAUGAGUUACAACCCACUUCAGAUACAUCUGAAUCAGAAUCUGUGGAACGUGAAGAAGUCGGUCACUGCAACAGAGAUGUACAAACCACCUUCUCACACAUUUAUUCGAACUUAAAAGAAACUUGUUUGUAUUGUACGAAUGGCUAUCUUCCAGUUUAUGAUGAACGUAUAAUACAUGUGAUAUAUAAAUUUAUCAAAGAGUACGAUCCCAAAGAUAUUGGUAUAAUUGUUAAUAUCGCAAAUAAUAAUCUAUUUCACAUUAAAAUUAUUUUAAUGUCAUCUGGACGUUCAAUAAGUUGUUUCUACAGCACUAUAAAUGGUCUGCAAGAAGCUAAGAAGAGUGGCAUUAUGGACCACUUCCCAGUGUACUUUGUGUGAAUCACAUAUGUAUCUGGCGACAUAUUUCGUAUUACAUUGAAGAAACAUAAGAGGAGUUUUGUUGUGGGGAACGCUUUGCAGAAUUAAAAUUUAAAAAAAAAAU